UUACACCUCUAGGUGCAUGCAGCGAGACCGUCUUCUUGUAGUGUUAUACAAGAAACGUGCCAGACAGUUUGCGACGUAUUCAUUAUUUCUUCAACAUAAGGAAUUUGUGAACACGUGUUUUGGGUGUUCAGAGUUCCCACAGGUUCGUGACAAAAUGGAUAGAUACUGACAACAGAUGGCCUCAAAAUGGACAAAAUAUGGCGAUACAGAACAGGGGACAUGCUGAAAGUUCUGUACGUGUUGUGCUUGGUGUUGUCGACUUUGAGGGCUUCAAAACUGAACUGUGGAAGUGAUGAGAUUGAUAGGGAAUUAAAACAAUAUGUUGAUAGUGUCUUGAAUAUCGAUAAAUAUUCCAUUUUACCGGGAAUUGGAAUCGAACGAGUUGCUAAUGCGAGUAAAAAUGGAGAAAACGAAGAAACGUGUGUGAGUUCGAGGAGUUUUGGAAGUAUUCAAGAGUAUGUCAAAAAAAAAAUGGACGAGUAUAGCAAGACUCAUGUGCUUUCAGUGGACAUUCCAGCGACGGCCCGGUUUUUUCAAUCGGCAGCAGCAGCAGCAGAUGACGGCGGCGGCAGGAAUUCCUUCAUGGCCGGUUUCGGUAUGGGCUUUUUAGCUUUUGCCUUGAAAAAACUUCUUUUGCCGGUUUUUAUUGGGGCUCAGUUGGUGAAAUCUGUGCUGAUCGCAAUGUUCCUGCCAUCAAUUCUCGGAGGUUUAGGAAAGGUACUCGGCAAGGGAUUAUCGACGUUUUCGGGAAUCUCUGGGGCGUCGGCGGGAAUCAACAACAAUCACGGACAAGUCGAAGAUUUUGAAUUUAAAGACACGGACCCGUAUAGUAAUGACGGAGUGCAGGAUUUCAACGCUGAGGGAACUGAUGGCAAUUUGGGGCUCACUGUGGGCGGCUCCACCACGCCGGCCACGGCCGCCAAUAGCCGAUUUGGCAUCGGCCACAAUCGCAUUUCCUUCCAGAAUGACAACUACUACAUGCGAAAACCCAACAAGAAGACUGAUUACAAGGUGUUUCACAAAAUUCCGUCUUCUUCUCUCCUUCUCACAAGUUACGACCCUUUCUAUAGUCCUCUUCUUUCGCGUCUCGACGCCGUUUUCCAGCAAUUAGGUCUCGGUGACGAUAAAUCACCGGAAAUCGAAAAGUGUCGCGAGAGACUCGUCUGCAUGAUGUACGCGAAUCCUGCAAAAUACGCCCCUUAUAGUAACCUCGUUUCGGCACAGCUGAGCAGGGAGUUGAACGAGCUCCGGAAGCCGGCUUCGGACAAUCCGGAUAUUCUCAGGUUCUUCCGGUAUAUGAAAGCGGCGAAAGAUGGCCAAGAUGGGGAGGAAUGUCUGGCACAUAAAGGGUGCUCGGCCUUAUCUACCAGUCAAGCUAGUCCAGCUAUUCUUACAACGUACAAUGAAAUUAACAAAUUGGUGCAAGCCAGAAAGAUCAAUUGAGUGAUUUUAUAUCUUAGUCAUGAUGAUAAUUUUAAGCUUUAUUUAUUUAUUGAUUAAUUUAUUGACAACUUUUCGGUUGCUAGUACUAGUGCUCAAUCCAUAUUCUAUCUAUAAGUCUGUUAUUUAUUUAUUUAUUUAAUUUAUUUAUUUCUCUGUUGUAAAUUAUUUUUCCGAAUAAAUUUUAUGUAUAAUAAAUAGUUUUGGGACUUUG